AGAUAGAUGGGGGGGGGCAAAGUGGCUCUGAAAAGGACUCUCUACUCUGCACAUUAAAGUAGGCAAUGAUCCAUUCAUCAGUACUUCAGUUACUGGGAGAAGCGUACCUGGCACCUGGAGACACGGCGGCUUUGUUACUGACCUGCGCUGAAAAGAUGCGUCACUUGUGGACGAUGUUAUUUUUCCAUUUUGCUUGCAGUCUCGCAUUAAGUCAAGGCGUUCUUUUAAAUUAUGGUGCUGCAAGUAUUGAGUCAACCGGCUCAUCGGAUCUACUUCGAUCUCUUGGUUUACCUCAGCACACAGAAUAUGAGAUUGUAUCUCCGUACGAGGUCAACCACCAAGGUGCGUACAUUUCCCAUAAGAUUGCCCACCAUCAGCGCAGACGACGAAGAUCUGCAUCUCCAGAUGCGUCCACCUCAAACACUAAUGGCAGCAGUGAAACAACUCACUUCCGGGUGAGCGGCUUGGGGCAGGACUUCCACAUGGAGCUGCAGGAGGCUUCCGACACCCUGAUUGCACCUGGCUUCACCAUCCAGGUCUUGGGAAAGAACGGCACCAAAAGCCUGAGGGAUUACCAGCAAGACCACCUCUGCUUUUACCAGGGGUCACUGAGGCUAAAGGUCAACUCGUCAGUGGCGCUGUCCACAUGCAUGGGGAUGUCAGGUUUGAUUCGCACUCAGGAUACAGACUACUUCUUGAGGCCGGUGCCCCGCCACUUUGCUCAUAGAGAGAACUUCACAGCACCUUCCCAUCACCAGCCACACAUCCUCUACAAGAGCGACAGGGAGAGAUCUCAUCGCUCUCGGGUGGUUCAGAAGAGAUCACCAGAUUCAGUCCCUCAUAAAUCAAACAGGAAUUAUGCCACGAGACGGCAAACCAAAUUAAAGACUGAUGAACCGGACCAGGAACAGAAGCAAAGUGAUUCUUCUAGCAACAGUAACAGACAUGGUGACCAGCAGGAGCAUCACAGCAGAGAAAACCUCCACAGCGAUCAUCGGCAAGAGGAUGACUACACAUACAAAGAGAAGCAGAGGCAACACUUCUGCGGAAGACGGAAGAAAUACAUGCCAAAACCUCCGACAGAGCAUCUCUCCCUGCUUCCAGAUGAGUACAAGUUUGUUCCCAGGAACAAGAGGGCAAUUAUCGUAAAGAACCAAAAUAAUCGAAACCUCAAUGUUGAGACUCUGGUGGUCGUAGACAAAAAGAUGAUGGACAACCACGGCCAUGAGAACAUUACUACGUAUGUCCUAACCGUGCUCAAUAUGGUGUCGAGCCUCUUCAAAGAUGGUACCAUAGGAGGGAGCAUCAAUAUCAUUAUAGUGGGACUUGUGCUACUUGAUGAAGAGCAGGAUGGGUUGGUGAUCAGUCACCACGCAGACCAUACACUCAACAGUUUCUGCCAGUGGCAGUCCACUCUUGGAGGCCAGGAGGGUCAGCGCCAUGACCACGCCAUUCUACUGACAGGACUUGACAUCUGCUCGUGGAAGAAUGAACCAUGUGACACGCUAGGUUUUGCCCCUAUAAGUGGGAUGUGCAGCAAGUACCGGAGCUGCACCAUUAAUGAGGACACAGGUCUAGGAUUGGCGUUCACCAUUGCCCAUGAAUCUGGACAUAAUUUUGGAAUGGUCCAUGAUGGCGAAGGAAACAUUUGUAAGAAGUCAGAAGGCAACAUCAUGUCUCCCACGUUGGCUGGUCACAACGGUAUCUUCUCAUGGUCUGCAUGCAGCCGCCAGUACCUCAGCCGUUUUCUCAACUCGGCCCAGGCUUUGUGCCUAUCAGAUGAACCAAGUGGAGUCGAGGAGUACCGUUAUCCCGAAAAGCUGCCAGGGGAGCUAUAUGAUGCAGACACGCAGUGCAAAUGGCAGUUUGGGGAGAAGGCCAAGCUCUGCACCCUUGAUUUUAAAAAGGAUAUCUGUAAGGCUCUUUGGUGCCACCGCAUUGGGAGGAAGUGUGAGACAAAGUUCAUGCCGGCAGCAGAAGGCUCCGCCUGUGGGCCUGAUAUGUGGUGUCGAAGAGGUCAGUGUGUGAAACACGGUGAUGAGGGCCCGAGGCCCCAGCACGGCCAGUGGUCAGAGUGGUCAGCUUGGUCAGUCUGCUCGCGAACCUGCCAGAGUGGUGUCACCUAUCGGGAUAGGCAGUGCAAUAAGCCCAGACCGUCUUAUGGAGGGAAGUUCUGCGAAGGCUCUUCUCGGUCGUACAAGCUGUGCAACACCCACGAUUGCCCCCAAAAUGCCAUUGAUUACAGAGCACUGCAAUGUGCUGAGUUCAACAGCAAACAGUUCAGAGGAUGGCACUACACUUGGCGACCAUACACAGAAGUGGAUGAUCAAGACGUAUGCAAGCUUUACUGCUUUGCUGAAGGUUAUGACUUCUUCUUUGCCCUGGCCAGCAAAGUCAAGGAUGGAACACUUUGCUCACAGGACAGCUCUAAUGUUUGCAUUGAUGGCCUGUGUGAGAGAGUGGGCUGUGACCGUGUGUUGGGGUCUUCAGCUGUGCUUGAUGUUUGCGGAGUGUGUAAAGGAGACAGCUCCACCUGUAAGACCUACAAAGGACAGUACACAAAGCAACAUCAUUCUAACCAGUAUUAUGGUGUGAUCACCAUUCCAGCUGGGGCUCGCUCUAUUCGUGUUGUAGAACUGAAUACAUCAAGCUCCUACUUGGCGAUCAGGGACACCCAGAGGCGUUAUUACUUGAAUGGACAUUGGCAGGUGGACUGGCCAGGCAGACAUCCCAUUGCGGGAGCCAUUUUUGAAUACAAAAGAUCUUACAACAGACCAGAGAGCCUCAUAUCAGCUGGACCAACUAAUAUGACUCUGGUUAUUGAGAUAUUGUUGCAAGGUUUGAAUCCAGGUGUACAUUGGGAAUACACACUGAUGAAAACUGAUGAAGAAAGGAAUCAAUUCAAACACAAUUACACAUGGGCCAUCAUACGCUCCAAGUGCUCAGCAUCAUGUGCCGGAGGCCAAAUGAACACCAAGGCAGCAUGUUACAAAGACAUGCGAGUGCAAGUGAAUACAUCAUACUGUAACCCUAGAUCGAGGCCAACUACUGGAAUGAUGCCUUGCAACAUCCAACCAUGCCCUGCCAGCUGGUCUUUGGGGGCAUGGGGAGCCUGCAGUCAGAGCUGUGGAGGAGGGGAGCAGACACGGCAGGUCCAAUGCGUCCAAAAAAGUCAGACCAAAGAUGACAUCCUUGCUGACUCUUACUGUUCUCAGCAAUCUCCAGUCAGGAGGCAGCCCUGCAGCACCCAGAGUUGUCCACCAAUUUGGACCACAAGCCCAUGGUCACAGUGUUCCCGCAAAUGCGGUAAUGGCCUGAGGAAGAGGACAGUGUUGUGUACAAGACUAAUCACAGGUACACAGUCUCAGACUCUGCAAGAUAGUUUGUGCGUAGGCUUGCCGAAACCUGCUAGUCAAGAAUCCUGCUUCGUCAAGCGCUGCCAGAAACAACGCAAAGUCCAGUGGUUUGUCUCAACGUGGCAAGAGUGUUCAGUAACAUGUGACCGCGGGUAUCAAGCACGUUUCAUCAAGUGUGCUGAAAAGGAUGCCGCCGGCAAGUACAGAGAACUUGCCGCCAAACAGUGCCAGCAUAUCCCAAGGCCCAAAGUGGCACUCCAUCGGUCCUGCUUCUUAGCUGAGUGUCUAGUGCGCACAACCCCAUCAGUCCAGCGGUGGAAUGCACAUCAUCAUCCACCGUUACCUCUCCCGAGACAUGAAUGGCACGCAUCUCCUUGGUCUGAGUGUACAGUGACAUGUGGAGGUGGAGUGCAGGCGAGGACAGUCCAAUGCCUAGCACAUAGAAAACCCUCAUCUGCCUGCGCCCUCCAUCUAAAACCAUCACUGUCUCAGGCUUGUAAUACCAACUUCUGCCCACAACCUGAUAAAAAGGAUGUGGCCUGUUGGGAUUACUUCCAUUGGUGUUAUCUGGUGCCACAGCAUGGCGUGUGCAACCACAAGUUUUAUGGAAAGCAGUGCUGCCAUUCCUGUUCAAAUUCUAACCUGUAAUCACGGAAGAGUAUCUUUGUGAUGCAGACAGGAAGCUAGUUAAGAUAGUCAAAAGACUAUUCUUAAUGCCCAUGCUUGAAAAGUCGUGUUGAUGUGUGCUUGUGCGACGCGCACGGACAAUAGAAGUUCCAGCGAGCUGCAACAAUUUUUUUCUUUCCUUGCGAUGCUGGACAUCAGAAAACCAGAAGUACUACACAGGAAUGUGAUCAAGACUGUGCUUAAAGAACUUAGAUCUUUGGAGAAAUAAAGUGGUAAACUCUCCGCCAGGAAAAAGAGGAAUCCCAGAAAAUGUUCUUGUCAUGUCCCCCAUCUGAAGGAGACAAGUUCAAACAUCUGAUGCGUCCUUGUUGGCAGACAAUGCUUGACAAGACUUAAGAGCUAUCGAAAAGGGACAUAGCUAAAGCAUUUUACUGUAAAACUCCAAGUCCAAAGUGGGUUUUGUAUUAGCUGGUUAAAAUAUGAUUUUUCAUAUUCAAAAGGUGGGGGGAAAAAGCUUGAAUAUUUGAGGUACUAGUUGUAUACUCAACGGUGCUACAAUGUUGUUUGUCACCAUUAAAAAGUGACAACCUCAAGUUUCAUGAAUGAGCAAAAUAAUUGUUGACCCAUGCUCUGUAUGUUUAUUUAUUAGCUGUACAAUACAUCAUUGCAGCAGAAAUGUAUUAAUAAGCAGUAUAACUGUGAACAAUUAUUACUCUACCAUUAGCCCAUUCAUUAUUUUGUAUACUGUUUCAUUAGAAGCUGACAAAUAUAAGAGGUGCACAAUUUUUGUUUUUCAUAUUGAUACCAAUAAAUUCCUGUUUCUUAAGACUGAUCCAGAUAACUCACAACUUACUCAUUUUUUUUUAUUAUAUUUUUAUUCUGAGUGAAUAGUUGGUUGUCCAAACCUGGAGGAAAGAGAUAUUCCAUAGGUUUGUCCUAACCAAAUAUGACUUCACUAUUGGUAGAUAAAAAAUCCAAAACUAGAUUUCUCAAAUUGCACAUUUAUUUUCUUUUUAAAAAAGCAAAUACUUUGUUUUGAAUGGAUUAUCAAGUGUAAACUUGAGCCAUAGUUUAGUGCCUAACAAAAAGAUACAGUAAAUGAAUAUCAAAUAGGGUGUUGACGAUUCACUGGGCCGUCCCUCUCAAUCUGCACUGUUUUUUUUUUUUUCUGACGUUCAGUAAACUCAGAAGAGGAGAGUUUACUACAGGCCUCUAUAGAAAGCAGCACAUGAUUUUUGUUUCAACCAAAAAGUAUGAAAGCUUUAUAUUAAACGCAAAGUACUGCUUCAUUGGAUCUUCAUUUUUAUAUAUGUUAUCGGAUUUUUUGACAUCUAAUCGUAAUGCCUAAAUCAGUGCGAUAAUAGUUGGGUCAAUAAUUAUCAUGCAUCCCUGAUUUAUUUUUAAUUAAAUAAUGUAUGUUUGACACCUGACAAUCAACAACAGAUGGUAUGUCAAAGUUUUAAGAUGUAUGAUAACCUUUUUAAUUGCUAACUAUAUUUUCUUCAAAUCCCACAAUAAAUCAGAGUGUGAGGUCAGUGUGAACGCGUUAUAGUAAUACAGGUUCAAUACCUUGGUCUAUUCUGGCUAUAGAAUAACUGACAGGUAAUGACUUGUGCAAUGUUGCAGCAAUGUUUACAAUGUCAAUAAAAGAACAAUUAAAUGUA